CUACCUAUUAUUUUCUCAGAUGUAACUGACUCUGUUAAACCAGCUGGGCCUGUUAAUAUUAAAGACUUAAAUGUUGAUAUACAUGUUAAACAGCAAGCAGUAACCUGUCAGUCAGGUUCUACAGUUACUAUAGACCUUCACGUUACUUUGUCUGGACAGCUACAGUUUAAUACCGAGGCUCCUCAUAACUGGAAACUUCUUCCUUCAGAAGACAUAAAGAACAUAUUAGUGAAUGGAACUAGAGGUAAAUUAAAACCCACCAGCAAACAGGCUAUUUCUCAGUUGAAACUGGAAUCGUCGUCUGCAGAACAAGAUCUGGCAUUUUUAUUCCAGCUUUUUGUGUGUACUAACGACUCUACUUGUUUAAUGAAAAGAGUUUUGGUCACUCAACCUGUCAUCACCGCCUCUAGUAAUAAUGAUACAAAUCAGAUUAUAUUAUCUAUACAGCUAUAA